UGCCCAUUUAUGCCGAGCCCCGACCAAAAUUCUCAAUAGAAUUCAAAAUUGAGGAAAUUUAUUUCCACUUAUCGUUUUAUUCAAACAGAUUACAGAAAAAAGGCUGCCACUGACUCCAUAGUGUCACACUGUUGUUCUAGCUGCGCCACUGCAGCACCUUCUCGCUUCUCUACGAUGGCUUCUGAAAACCUUCCAUGGAUUCUGAUUCUCUUCUUAGCCAUUUCAAGCUCAGUUAGUCCUAGAAUUGAAGCCAUUGGGGUGAACUGGGGCACGGCAGCUUCACACCCUUUGCCUCCAUCCAAAGUGGUGGAGCUCCUUAAGUCCAACGGUAUAACCAAAGUAAAGCUCUUCGACACCAACCCGGAUGUUCUGGAGUCACUCUCUGGUUCAAACAUUGAUGUCACUGUGGGCGUUCCCAAUUCCAUGCUUCGCAGCUUGAAUUCCUCUUUCAAGGUUGCUCAGAGUUGGGUCCAUGACAAUCUCGCCCGCUACUUUUCUGAUGGACUCCGAAUAGAGUAUAUCGCCAUUGGGGAUGAACCGUUCAAUCACGUUUAUGGUGACCAGUUCUUUCCUUUUGUUGUUGGAGCAGCUGAGAAUAUCCAAACAGCAUUGACCAAAGCUAAGCUGGCUGGCAGGGUGAAGCUAGUAGUUCCGUGCAGUUUUGAUGCCUUCCAGUCAGAAUCUGGUCUACCAUCAAAGGGACAUUUCAGAGCAGAUGUAAAUAGAACAAUGUCUGAACUCCUCAAAUUUCUUACUAAGCAUCAAUCUCCUUUCUUUGUUAACAUUUCACCCUUCCUAAGUUAUCAUAAUAACAAGAACAUUUCCCUCGAUUUUGCUCUCUUCAAAGAAACUGCUCGCCCUCGUAAGGACAGUCGCAGAACCUACAAGAACAGCUUUGACUUGAGUUAUGAUACCCUUGUUUCAGCUUUAUCCUCUGCUGGCUCUGAUAAGAUGGAUAUAGUCAUUGGGCAGAUUGGUUGGCCAACGGAUGGAGCUGCCAGUGCUACCUCAUCCAAUGCUCAGGUAUUCAUGAAAAAAUUCCUGGAACAUCUUCAUAGCAGAUCAGGAACACCGUUAAGGCCUAAAGAACCACCAAUCGAGACCUAUAUCCUUAGCCUUUUGGAUGAAGAUAAUAGAAGCAUCGCCACUGGAAAUUUUGAAAGAUACUGGGGUGUGUUUACAUUUGAUGGCCAGGCCAAGUACCAACUUGAUCUGGGGCAAGGCUCAAGAAAACUGGUAAAUGCCCAAAAUGUCCAGUACCUUUCGUCCAAAUGGUGUCUUGUGAAUAACAACCAAAACUUGUCCAAUGCAACUACACGGGCUUUGGAGGCAUGUUCUUCUGCUGACUGCAGUGCUCUGUCACCUGGAGCUUCUUGUUUUAACCUCAGCUGGCCUGGAAAUAUUUCUUAUGCUUUUAAUAGCUAUUAUCAACAACAUGAUCAAAGGGUCGAUAGUUGCGACUUUGGUGGGUUGGGCUUGAUUACUACAGUUGAUCCCUCAGUGGGUACUUGCAGAUUUAUAGUUCAACUAAGCACAUCCAAUUCAGCGAGUUUCUUUAUUUCCCAUUGGAGGAUUACAGCAGCAAGCAUUUUGUUAUGGCUGGUUGGUGGAGGAUUUUGAUGGAAAGGGGAACUGUAAAUUUUUGUUUUCUGACUUGUUCAAUUCAGCACUCCUGCAAACUUUUUUUGCAUUUUGUAGAAUUACGUCUGGAAUUCAUUAUGUUGAUGAGGCCUGUGGUUUUGAUUCUUGUUUUUUGAGGAUGUGUAAUUUUGUCCUAA